CCCUACGAAGGUCUGGAGAGCAGUCCCGCAGCUCCAUCCACAGCUUCAUGAGCCACCCUGAGUUCCGCAUGGAGGACUCGGUGAACCACAUCCCCCUGAUCGACGAGGCCGAGUGCGAGGACGACCCCCCCAUCAAGCGGAACUCCAUGGUCCUCCCGCCGCCGCUGACCGGACUCUCCGCCACGCUGCCGCCCCCCCCGCCCUCGCCCAAACGAACAACAACGCCGCGGAGCCAUGGCCCCGCUGCCGGCAUGAUCGCGCCCAACUCAGCGGGGCUGUCGCCGUGUCCGGGGGAGCCCGAUGCACAGCCUGGAGGACGUCCCUCUGAAGCCCCCCCCCACCCCCCAGACUGGACCAAGUCCUGUUGCAGGGCUGUCCGGACGGGUUUUACGGCGAGAGUUAACUGAUUAUUCUGAGAUCAUUGGUAAAAAAAGAUCUUUUUUUUUUUUACAGACUCUUGUGAUUGGUUUCGUCGAGAGAUCCCCUGCUUUUUUUUUUUUUUUUUUUAGACUCCAGGAAGCAGAUGUGUGUCCAGAUGUGUUUGUGUUGUCGUGUGCUGAGCGUCCACAAAGAUGACGUUUCCUUCGUUAUUCUAAUAGACAUGAACUCUGCAUUUGUUGGUUAGGUGAAGAGUGUUGUGGGUGAUCGAUCAAUAUCAAUAUCAGUUUUGAUGUGUAAAUAUACGAUGUUGGUGUUCAGACGUAGCGGAGCUCGUUUUAAUAUCGGCUGACGGUGACGAGGUCGGGUGUAGUGUUGUGUCAAGUGUAAGACUGAAAGGUUAGAGUCAGUCAGCUUAAAUAAGGGGGGGGGGGGGGUAUUCUUACAGGAACGUGUGUUUAGACAGAAACGUUUUGAGUAAAUGUCCUUGGAUUUUAUUCUAGCAUUUUUGUAAUGUUUUAGCUUGUUGUCGUUUUCAAAAGAUGUCGAGCGGAAAGUUAUUAAAAGUUUUG